AUGUAUCUCUCAACGAGCACCUUCGUCACAGUGCUCCUGGCAACCGCCCUCCAGGAUGUGGCUGCGGCUUCUCAGAGGAACAAUGGCACGCUCUCAAACGCGGGCUCUCGCUCCGGGACGGGAUCGGGGAGAAACUCGGGAACGCACGAUGGGAACAAAUUGCGGAUACAGACCACUACCAACUCGGCGCAGACAAGUGGUGCAAUUCCCCCCGAGGUUCUAGCGGCCCAACAGUCGAGUGCUGCUGCCGUUGCGUCCGCCGUCGCCGCCGCCAACUCCGCGGCGGCAGCAGGAGGGCUGAAGCAACCGCCGGGUUUGCAAGCCAACGCGUCGCCCGCCUCGCUUCAGCCCUUGCCCAUCCUGGGAGCUGGGGGUGCCGUCGCUACGUCGACCGACUUGCAAUCAUCCGUGGCUGUGUCGUCGGUGGCCACCGUCAUUGGAACGCAGCCGGCCGUUGUUACGACUCAGAGUGCGGCAGGCGGACUCAGGCAACCUCCCGGGCUCAGCAGUACUACGGCUGGCCUAGCCUUGAAACCACUGCCGAAUCAAUCAAACCUUGCGACUUCGGUUGCUACGUCAGCCGCACCAUCCACCACCGGUGCAGCUCUCGCCUCCUUUACACCCUUCAGCGGCGACACAACCGCGGCCGACAUCGCCGCCGGCUCGUCAACCUCCACCGACGCGGCCGCCAUUGGCUCUUUCACCCAGACCCCCGCCACCUCCGCCCUCACCAGCGGCGCCGAUGCCCUCACCUCCGAUAUCACCCAGCCCACCAGCGGCCUGACCUCGCUCCCCACCGACGCGACCGCAUCGCCCUCCGAGACCCUCUUCACCCCUCCGGGCCUCAGCGAGACCUCCGGCUCCGGCGCCUCCUCCUCGCCGUCCCUGAAACCCCUCCCCAACGUCGCCGGCGACUCCAGCUCCGGCUCCGGUUCGGAAACGACAGGCGGCUCGCUCAAGCCGCUGCCCAACGCCCUGCCCACCGACGUCGCCACCAUCACGACCGCCACCAAUGACAACAACGGCGUGCUGUCCUCCCUGCCGACGGCCGGCUUGACGUCGUCGGCGGAGGCGGCCCUGACGACGCUGACGACGGUCGACAACGGCGUGACCAGCACGCUGGUCACGGCCGUCGCGGCGCAGACGAGCGGCAUCGCGCAGCUGGCGGGCAAUUCCAGCAGCGCGAGCGCCACCGCGACUGCGGUGACCGCCGGGUCUGAGCGGGGCGCCACUGCUGGGGCCAGGGGCGUGGUCGUGGCCGUUGUGGCCGGCGCGGUGGGGCUGUUGAGCGUGUUGAUGAUGUAG